AUGAAAAAAGCUGUACAAAACUUUUUUUCUCCCGUCUUACGCCAUGUUUCAGAUGAACAUGAAAAGACACAAAAAAGUACAUUUACAAAAUGGAUAAAUUUUCAUUUGGAAAAUCAUUCAUCAGCUUCUCGAGUUGGUGACUUAUUUGAAGAUCUUCGUGAUGGAGUGUUGUUGUGUAAAUUAAUUGAGGUGUUGACUGGUGAAGCAUUGUCGGUGAAUAUGAGUCGUACACCUAAACGGGUUCACUUCAUUUCAAAUUUAACAACAGCACUUUCUGUUCUUAAAAGGAGAGGACUUGAUUUGAUUAAUAAUAAUCCAACUGAUUUAGCUGAUGGAAAUCCUAGAAUUGUACUUGGUUUAAUAUGGCAGAUUAUUUUACAUUUUCAAAUUGAAUCAAAUUUACGUCAAUUACAUGAUUUGCAAGGGGAAAUGGUUCCUUCUACUUCUAAACAAACUACUUCAAUUAGAAGAAAUUUCCGUGAAGGGCUUUCUCCACAAGUUGGAAGAAGUAGUUCUACUUUAGAAACAACACCCAAAAAAUCACCUUCAUUUUUGUCUAGAAGUAGUAAGACACCAAUUGAUAAAGUUAUGUUAAAGUGGGUUCAAUCUCAAAUUGGUCCAGAAUAUGGUAUAAGUGUAACUGAUUUUGAUAAGUCAUGGAGAACAGGUCUACCAUUUUUAGUUUUAAUUCAUAAAGUUAGAAAAGAUUUAGUUGAUAUAGAAAAGGCUAAAAAACAAUUACCAAAAGAUAAUAUUCAAUUGGCUUUUUAUUUGGCUGAGAAACAUUUAAAUAUAAAACCCCUAUUGGAUGUUGAUGAUGUGUUAUGUGAAAAACCUGAUAAAAGAUCUAUUAUCACAUAUGUAUCACAAUUUAUGGCUAAUUAUGAAGAGAAAGAACGUGAAAAUAAUUUUAAUAAAAGUAAAGGAGAAUCUUAUUUGAAAAAACCGUCAAAAAGAUUAAUUGUUAAGAUUAUUGAAACAAAAGAGUAUCAUGAAAUAAUUACUUGGAUAGAAAAGAUAAUUAAAGAAAUAGAGCAUGAAAAGGUUACUGAUAAUAAAAAGAAAGCUGAAAUUGAUAUAUAUAAAGAGUAUAAUAAAUAUCAUGAUUUACGUAAAGUGUUCCUUGAAAAUCGUGAAACAUAUGAAUUAAUAAAAAAACAUAGAAAACAACUUUCAUCUGAGGAUUGGUCAAAAAUAGAAGGUAACUGGAAAUAUAUUUCUGAAAAUAUUCAUGAAAAAAGUAUUGUUUUUGAGAAAGAGCUACCAGAACCAUUAUCAUCAAUACAUUAUUGGUUAGGGGGUGCUGAAAAUCUUGUUAAUUUACGCCUUGACACAGAAAAUUUAUCUGGAAGUGAAGGUUUAAAAAAGAUUAAUACUACAAUUGAAAAAUUAAAAUUACAUUUUUCAAAUUAUGGUACACAUUGUCAAAGAUUUGGUAUUGUUUAUGAAACUGGUAAAGCUGAGAAAAAAACUGUUAACAGAGAAUUUUUAAAUAAAAUGAAAAAUCGUUUAGAUAAUGUUAAAAAUGAUUAUGAUGAAACUAUGGAAGGUUUAUUGUUACUUCAGGCACAUUAUAUGAUUCUUAAGUAUAUUGAAGAGUUAAAUGGAAAAAUGGAUUUAUGGAGAGCUGGUGAUUCUUUAAAUUUAGUUAAAAGAUGGUUAAAAGAAUAUAGAAAUGAAUCUGCAACAAUGCCUGAAAGAAUUAUUGAUAAUUUACUUGAAGAAUACAGACAUAGGAUUCCAAAAACUAAAAAAGGUAAAAGAGAAAAGGCAUUUGCCUUCUUAACUGAUGCACAGGAUGGUUCAAAAGAACUUAUUGAAAGAUUUAUUUCUAUGAGAGAAUUACUGGAAUUAUUAUAUAAAUAUUGGAGUGAAUUUGAAGAUGAGGUAAUUGUAUUUGAUAAACAUUUAGAAAGAUUAGAAAAUUUAAAAGCUUUGGCAUUAGAUGAUGAGGCAUUAGAAUCAUUAGAUAAAAUUGAAAAAUUAGGACAAAAUAUUAGUGAACAAAGUGUAGCAUCAGGUAGAGCUGCAAUUGGAAGAAGAUUAGAAGAGAUACAUAAACGUAUAAAGUUCAUAAGUAAGAAACCACAAUCUAUUGGAGGAAGACUUGUAGUUGAUCUUACAAUUGAACCAUCAAUAAAAUCAUCUAUAUCUGAGAAAUCAUAUAUAUCUCAAAGUACCACAUCAAUGAAAAUACCCAAUCUUCCUAAUUUGAAAUUUUCAUCAGAUAUAAAUAUGGCAAAAGUUAAAGAUUCUUCAUUAUAUAGAUAUAUUCAGAAGACAAGACUUCUUCUUACUCAAAGAUGUGAUAAUUCAGCAGACUUGGAAUCAUUAUUAAUGGAUCUUAAAAAAUGUGAACAAGAAAUUAUUGUUUAUGAAAGAAUGAAGAAUCAAUCUUUAGAAAAUUUACAAAAAAGUGAUAAAAAAGAAUUGAAUGUUGUAUUUAGUUCAUUAAAAUCAAAAUUACCAUGUAAAAUUGAAAGAAUUGAGGAAAUACUUCCAAAAGUUAAAUCAAUUGAAUCAUAUUUUGAUCAAUUGAUUGAUUGGUGCCAUAAUCAUGAUUUAUCAUCAACAAUGGGAAAAUUAUCAAUUAAUGAAAGAGCUGGAAUUUUAUUAUCUAUUGAAAAUAUGUUAUGUAUAUUGGAGAAACCUGAAUAUGUAGAAAUUUUUGAUACAAGAAAUCUAAGAAAACACUUUUUAGGAAUCAAAAACAAAUUUAAGUUAGUUGAGACACAUUUUAUUGAGAUUCACAUUGAAAUUGUGGAGACACAAAUUUUAACCUUUACAAGACUACGCUCAAAACAAAAACAGAAUACUGAGCGUGAAGCAAUUCAACAAGUUAUAAAUGACAUUGAAAAGGCAAAAGAACAUGGAUUUAUAUCUGAAGAUAGUAUACCAGAAGAAAAACUUUAUAUUAUAAAAGAACAAUGGAGAAAAACUACAUUAGAUGAUAGUACACAAAGUGAAGGUAGAAUAAAUGAUCUUAUAAAAAGAAAAAAUUUAAUUAUUAAUCGUAAUGAAAGAAGUGUUCAAGAAAUUAAAGGAUCAAUGGUUGAAAUUGAUAUGAUAAAUGAAGCAAUUCAAUUACAUCUUGAUGGAAAAAAUAAUUCUCAAGUUGAAGAGAUAGAAAAAGAAUGGUUAAAAAAGAAAUAUCAUUUAUCCAAUCUAUUGAAAAUAAUUAGCUCAUUAAAUGAUAUUGAAAAUAAGUUAACUGUCGAGGAAAAACCAAUUAUUCUUGAUCAAUUAUUUAAUCAACUUGAUUUAAUUAAGAAUGAAAUUAAAUUAAGUGAAUUAAAUAAAUGUCCCAUUGAAGAGGAAACAAAAAAUCGUAUUUGUAUUCUUUAUAAUUUACUUCAAGAAAAACAUCGUUUAGCCUAUGAAACAAAUUAUGAAGAAUUGAUGGAUCGUUUAGAUAAACUUUUAUAUACAGUUGAAGAUGAUUUACCAGUAGCUUCAGUUGUUAUUAAAGCUAUUGCACAAGAGGCUGCAGAAUUUUAUCGUCACGAACCUAAAGAUUCAAUUUCACAUUCGAGGAAAGAAAUCUUAUUAAAAAAGGUUACUACUACAGAGGAAGUGUUACGUCGUAAGAUGGAAUUUUUCACACGACUUCAGCAUUUGUAUGAUGGUAUUUCAUAUAUACGUCAACAAAAUAUCAAUUGGAACAACAUAAAACUUUCAGAAGUUGAUGAUGUUGAACAUGAAAUUGAUAUAGCACUUAGUAAAAUUCAUAACGAAUACGAGGGAGAUGUUGAGUUUCUAUCAAAAGAGAUAGAAAAUAUUCAAGGAAACUUUUUUCAACUUGAAUGUGAUCGUGUCAAAGAAAAAUUCCGUUUACUUGUUUCACAAUUAUGUCUAAUAUGUGAAUUAAUGAAAAAUAGAAAAGCAUUUCUUACUAAAUUUCAUGAGCUUAGUAGAUUUGCUAAUACAUGUCAAAAUAAUAUUAAUAAAAUGAUUACUUACCAGGUAGAAGAAAAUGUAUCAGAAGAAAGAAAAAAAUCACCCAUUCUUCUUGAUACUAAAGAACUUAAUGAUAUGUUUACCGCUCUUGAAAUACAGGUUGAUGAUGUAAUAACGGCACAACAUUUAGCUCAAAUGAUAAUUGAAGAUUAUACUCCAGAAAAUUUAAUCGGAAAACUUAGAAUAACAGCGGGAUAUGAGGGUGGAGUUUCUGAUGACGCAAAGUUAUUAAAAACUAAUGCUCUUAUUACAAAGAUAAAAUUAAUUCUUGGAAAUGAUAUUAAUAAUGAAGGAUCUAAAGUAAAUGAUAUUACAUGGUUAGAAACGUAUAAAUUUAUUCAAUAUCAUAUACGUAAUGGUUUAGAAGAACAUGGUUUAAUUAGUCAGUUAGAAUCACAAUUAAAAGAACCUGAUUCAUCAAAAGAAAAUGAAAAAACUCUUAAUAUUUUUAAAAAUCAAUUAGAAGUAAGACAAAAAUUAAGAAAUGAUUUAAUAGAUGAUGCUAUAAUGAGAUUUAUAUCGCAAGCUGGCAAAGAAUUUAAAAGAAUUGAUGAUGAAAUAGACAUGAAUAUUGCUGAUGAUGACUACGAAAGAAUUAAAAAAUUAGAAGAAGGUGAUUGGAGAGAAUGGAAAAUUCUUGUUUCUGAUAUUGAAAAACUUUUGGAUAAUUCAAUGUGCAAAACUGUAAAAGAUAAAUAUAGAAAUAAUUUUGUUGAUCUUGAAAAAAAUGCUUUUACUCUUGAUGCCAAGUUAUCAAAAUAUAAAAAAGAAAAAGAGGAAUCUUUAAGCAAACAAAACAAACUUAUAAAACGCCUUCCGGCUUUUGGUAGAUGGUUAGAAUUAGCUGAAGAAGAUAUUGAUAGUAUUAAUAGUAUGAGUGAUUCAAUGAGUCCUGUAGAAAAAGCUAAAAAUUUAACACAAAUGAAAGAUAAAUUUGUAUAUCAUAUGCCAUUGGUUAAGAAACUUGAGAAAAUUCAACUUUAUGAUCCAGAUCAACGUAAACUUGCAGAAAAAUAUUGCCUUAAAUUCCGUCAGCUCCUUGAUAAAAUGAAUUCAAUUGACAUUCCGGAUGCACAUUACAUUCCAAUAAAAAUUGAAUUUGAAAAAGUUUUGACACCAGAUUCAACAUUAUCAGAAAAAGAUUUUCAUGAUAUUCAACAUCUUAGAUAUACAGGUAAAGAAGAUAUUCCUUCAACAUCAUAUAAUGAUAUCGAAACAGAGCUUACUUCAGUAGAACAUGAAUUAUCUUCACUUGAAUAUAUGAAACCAACAACAAAUACCGGUGUUACACAUUAUUUAAGAGAUGGAAUAGAAAAUGAAAUAGAAAAUAUAACAAACACACUUUUAUCUAUAUAUAAUGGCAUAGAUGUUAUUAGAACAUAUUAUGCUUUACCUAGUUUAAAAUCAUUACCGGAAGCUAUAAUAGAUUAUGAAAAUUUAGUAAAUUAUCUAAUGAAAAUGAAAGAAAUAGCAAUAGAUUUAGAAAAAAUUAAAAGUCAUCCAGGAAUUAUUCCACUUCUAGAAACUCUUCAUGAGCAAAUUCGAGCUACAAAUAAUACUAGUGAAGCUUUGAAACGAGAAAUUGAAGAUGAACAAGAAUUACAGGUAUAUUCCAAUGAAAUUAUGAAUGAUCUACGUGGAUUUGAAGAAAAAAUCAAGAUUGCAAAAGAGGAUCCUAAUCAAAUAUUUGAUUCUUAUGAAGUUGAUCAAACAUUAAAUAAACUUGGAAACCAGAUAAGUGAAUUGAAAAAACGAUAUAAUCAGCCAAGAUUCUUUGUUAUUAGUUCUCUUCAUGGAUCUGGAACUACAUCACCUACUAGAAGAAAGAAAUUUGUAAUGAAAAUUACACAAACAGUUACUACAAUAAUCAAAGUAAUUGAACAAGGGCAAAAAGAUUUAACAGCUAUUGAUAAUUCAAUGCCUUAUAUUAUUACUGAUGAAGAAUUACAAAUGUUAAGAAAUCAGCUUAAAGAAUUGGAAGAUAUGUUACAGCAAGGUGAGGUUAUGGCAAAGAAAUCUACUAGUGACCAUAGUAGUAAUGAGCAAAGUAGAUUACCAUCAGAGGAAAUUUCUCCUCAACCUAUAACUGUAAAGACAUACGAAACUGUCAUUACAGAAACUGUCACAAAUAUAGAACCGGAUAUAGAAAUGUUACAAAAUAAAAUUCCAUUUGAAGAACUCGAUGAUGGAACAAUUAUUGAGAUUGUUACUACAGAAAUUGUAGAAGAACCUUCAAUCUCAGAGUCUCCUGAAAUUGAAAUUAUUGAUAAUGAAAUACAAAAAGUAACAUCUCCACAAUAUGAAAUUAUCACUAAGGAAGAAAUUAAGGUUGAUGAUAUUGAUGAGGAAACUAUAAAAGAAUUAGAGGAUAUUAAUAAUUUAAACAAUGAAUAUGAUAAAUUAGAUAAAGUAAUGGAUAAUCCAGAUAAUGAUAUUAAAAAACAAGAUAAAAAUUUAACACAAGAACACCAAGCUAUAGUUGAAGCAAGAAAAGUUGUUUGUGAUAAUGCUAAAGCUUAUGAAGCAGCUAUACGAGCUGAAAAAGAAAGAUUACUUGCAAAUGAAAAUAAUGACAAUAAGAUAUCUUCUCCUCAAUCUCAAUUUGAUAAACCAUUGGAAGUUGGUAUUAGUGACUUACUUAUAGAAAAGUCAAUUGACGAGGAAACUAAAUCAGAAAAACCAAGUGAAUUGGCAACAGAAUAUGAUAAUUUAACUAAAGCUAUUGAAAAUCUUGAAAAAACUAUAAGCGAUGAUGAUAAAGUUUAUCAAAAUGUAAUUGAAAAAACUGCUGAUGCCAUUAAAGAAUUUGAUAGAUUGUCUAAUGUAAUCUCAGAUAUUGAAAAAAAAACAAAGGAAGAUGAAAAAAAAAGAAAAAGAGACAUCAAAGAUACAAAAUUGGCACAGAAAAUUGUUCUUGACAAUGGUAUUAACGAAUUAGCACAUAGAGAAUCAAUAAGAGAAAGCAUUGCUCAAAAACAAGAAGAUGAUACUCUUAAAGCGAGACAAAAAUUAAAAGAAGAAUUUGCAGAAGCCGAAAAAGUAGCAGCUGAAAAUAUGAAAAUAAAAGAAAUAGAAAACACUAUAAAAAAUCUAAUUACUUCAACAAUUGAUGAAAGAACAAUUGAUAAUAUUGAAAACAAUUUAAUCAAAUUACCUCCGGAUUCAAUUAUUUACCAAGAUUUAAAAAAGAGAACUGAUGAAGUUAAAGAUAAAUAUAAUGAAGUCAAUAAAAUAAAAUCGACAUUAGAUGAAGUUGGAAUAUCCAUAAAAAAUAUAGAAAAAGAAGAAGAAGAAGAAGAAAAUAUCCCGCUAAUCGAACAGAUAUCUUCAACAAAAGAUAAAUUAAAAAAAUUAAAUGAUCAAAUAAAACCAAAAAUAGAUUCAUUAAUUUUUAUCGAAAUUCCAGAAGUUAAAGGUGAUAUUGAAAAAACAAGAAAAGAAUUAGAUGAAGUUAUUAACAACCUUAAAGACAAUUUAAAAAAUAAAGAAGAAAACAUAAAUAAUCUUAAUGAUGCUAAUAAUUAUGCAAAUGAAAUUGCAACUCUUAUAGAAAAUAUAUAUGAUUCAGAAAAUAUUUUAAAUCCAAAAUAUAAUUCAGAUUAUUUAAAUAAAUUUUUAAAAAAUAUUGAGGAAAAAUUAAGUAAACUAAAAGACAUUUCAUUAGAAAAAUUGCCAGAAUGUGAUAAAGAGUUUAUUAAAAAAAUAAUUGAAAAUAACGAGAAAAAAAUUAGCAACAUUAAAAAUAAAAUUCAAGAUUUAGAAGAAAAAUGCGAAAAAAUAAAUAAUUUAGAAAAUGCAAAAUCUAAAUUGUUAAAUAAUAUUGAUAAAGAAUCUGUCAGAGCAGAUGAGUUAAUCAAAAGAUAUAACGAAGCACAGCAACCUUUUGAAACUUCCGAAAGUGAUUUACAAAAAAUAAAACAAAUUUUGAACAAUCUAAAUAAUAUAAUAGUAGAAAGUAAAGAACUUAUAAAAAAUCAUGACGAGCAACAACUUUCAAGUGCAGAUAUCAUUAAUUAUGUUGAUAAAAACAAUGUUGUAAUUAAUGAUCUAAAACAACUUAAAGAAAAAAUAGAAUCUGAUUUAGAAAAAGAAGGUAAUUUGAUAAAAGAAAAAGAGAAAUUAAAUAAUAGUCUCAAAAACAUUAUCAUUAAAGCAAAUGAAGUUCUUGAAAAAGACUCAAAACCAGAUGAUUUAGAUCUAAUUCAAAAAGAUAUAUCUAAUCUUCAAAAACAGUUGGAUAAUGCUAUGGAUAUAAGUGAAAUUCCACUUGAAGUUCUUCAACACUCUCCAUCUUCUGAUGUUUGGGAUCUUAAAGACCGUCUUGAUGAAAUUGCUUUUGCACUUGCUCAUCAAAAAGAAGAUGCAAAAAAGAAAAUGAAACUUCAAAAAAUUGCUUCUGAUAUUUCUGACAAUGUAAAAGAGAUUCAAAAUAAAAUUAAUGAAGCGGAAAAUAUUGAAUCUAAUCCAAAUAGUUCAAUAGAUGAUUUAAGAAAAACAUCAACUAAUCUUAAAAAUAUAAAGUUUGAUCUUCUACCAAAAUUAGAUGAAGAAUUUAAAAAGAUUCCAACAACACCAGAAGUUGAUGGUCUUCGAAACAAAAUUCUUCAAGAACAAUCAAAACUUGUUGAAGAUUUGAAUAAUGCUGAAUCUGCAAUUGAAGAACGUAUUAAUUCUAUAGAUGAAUUAGAUGAUCUUGUUGCAGAAACUGAUAUGAAAUUGGAUAGUAUCAUUAAAAAAAUUGAUGAAACUCCAAUUUAUGAUAUUGAUGAAAUUUUGAAAAUUGAAUAUGAAGAUAUUAUUCCCUUAAAUGAUAUUAAAGAAAAAAUUAAUGAAUCUGUUGAUCGUGCCAAUAAGAAACAUUCACCUGAAGUAGUUGAUAUAUAUAAUAAAUUAAAUGAUGUUUUACAAAAGUCAGUUGAUAAGAAGAAAAAAAUUGAAAAAACAAUUGAAGAUCAACAUAAAGCAGCUGAAGAAUUGGCGGAAGCUGAACGAAAAGCAGCCGAAGAAUUAGCAGAAGCUGAAAGGAAAAAUCUUGAAUCUCAAAAACAAAUUCAAGAAGAAAUUGAAAAACUUGUUGUUGCACCAAUAAAUGAAGAAAAUAUUAACAUUAUUAAUGAAAAAUUAUCUCAACUUCCAGAAGACUCACCAGUUUAUAGUGAUUUGAAAAAUAAAGCAGAAGAAGUAAAAGAAAAAGUUGAAAAAGUUAAAAAUAUUAUGAAUACGAUAAAAAAUAUUGACACUAAUUUGGAAACUAUUAUUGAAUUACCAGAAGAAGAGAUUCCACUAAUAGAUAAAGUAAAUUCUUUAGAAAGUAAAAUAGAUAAACUUGAAAAUGAAAUUAAACCUAAUAUUCUUGCAAUAACUUUUUCUGGUGUUUCAGAAAUUGAUGAUAAUAUUAAAAAUAAGCAAAAAGAAAUAGAUGAUUAUAUUCAAUUACUUAAAAAUAUGUUAGAAAAUUAUAAAAUUAAACAAAAAUCAUUAGAAGAUCUGGAUAAAUAUCUUCAUUGUGUUUCUGAAAUUGAUAAAUCAACUGAUUUGCCAUUGGAUAUGAAAAAUAGUGAAAAAACUAGAAAUUAUCUUGCUGAACUUUAUCAAAAAUUACAAGACGUACUUGAUAAUCUGAAAACAAUGCCUACUGAUCAUUUAGAUGAAAUUUCAAAUAAAAAAUUAGAAGAUGGUAUUAAAGUCGUUGAAAAUAACAUAGAAAAAAUUCUUAAUGAUAUGAGUGAUUUAGAUAAAUUUGAUGAAGAAGUUAAAUUAUUAAAAGAAAAAACAGAUUCAUUUAUUUUAUCGCUUGAUAAUAAUACUGAAUCCAUUGAUAAAAUUUUAAAUAGAUACAAAGAUACUCCACAAGAAUAUGAAGUUGCAAUAGAAGAUGUUGAAAUUGUUAAACCAUUGUUUGCAAAAAUUUCAACAAUGAUUGAAAAUAAUAAUGAUAUUAUCAGAAAACUUGAUGAAAAUGGAAUAACUACAGAUAUAUUAUUAGAAAAAUCAAAUAAUUUAAAAAAUAAAUUAAUUGAUUUACAAGCAUUAGAAAAGAAAAUUUCUAAUGAUUUAAUUCGUGAAAAAGAAUUAAUUUCUAGAAAAAAUGAUUUAGAACCAAAAGUGUAUAGUUUGGCUAAUGAAAUAAAACAAACACUUGAAAACGAUUUUACACCAGAAUUUUUAACAUCAUUAGAAAAAGAAAUUUCUUUAUUACAAAAUAAUAUAAAUUGUGCAAUUGAUGAUUCAGAAAUUCCUCUUAAUGUUGUCAUUCAUUCACCUGCUUCCGAUAUAUGGUAUCUUAAAGAUAUUUUAGAUGAUGGAGCAUUAUCUUUAGUCGAUGCUAAGAAAAUGUUGAAUGAUAAAUUAGAAUUACAAGAAGCAUGUGAUAAGAUUGAAAAAUUAACAAAUGAAGCAAAUGAAAUAGUUAAAAAUGUCAUUAAUGUUACUUAUGAUCCAACAAGUAAUAGUAAUAAUCUUUACAAUGCUUUAGAAGAUAUAAAACAUAUCUUUGACAAUAUUUUACCAAAUAUUGAAAAUAAUAUAGAAAAACUUUCAAAAUCACAUGAAUUAGAAGAUCUCAAAAAUAAAGCAUUUAUUGAAAAAGAGAAAUUAAAUAAUGAAAUAAAUAAUACGAAAAAUAAAAUUGAAGACCGUCUUGGUAGUAUGAAAGAAUUUGAUAAUUUAGCAGUUUUAUUGAAUGAUAAAAUAAAUAAUCCAGAAACCAAAUUUGACGACAUAGAUGAUUUAAAAAUUACCUAUGAUUCUCUUUGUAAUGCAGCUGAACAUGGUCUUUUAAAUGAGGAUAAUAAAAUGAAAGAAAUAUCUAACAAAUUUAAUAAUUUAAUAAAUAAACUGUUACUUGAAAGAGAGGAGAAACUUAAAUUACAAGAAAAAGAGAAACUUAUGAAUGAAGAAAAACAAAAUGAAAUUAAUAAAAAUAAAAAAGUAAAAGAUGAUCUUAUUGAAAAAUUAAAAAAUGAAAAUGAAAUAAUUGACAAUUCUCUACUAUCACCCCAUACAACUCCCUCAACUUUAACAGCAUUUUUAGAAAAUCAUCAAAAUAUUUUAUCAACAUUAAAUUCAUUACCAAAAAUUAUUUUUGAUGAAAAAGACAACAAAGAAAUAAAUAAUGGCAACGAAAAUGUAAAAUGUCUUAAAAUAAAACUUGAUAAAUAUAAUGAAUUUAAUUCUUCAAAAAAUAAUUCAUUUGAAAAACUAGAAAAUAUACGUUUAAUGUUUGAAAAUUUACCUCAAAUAAGUAACAUAAAACAAAAUGUUCCAGAUAUAAUGAGAACUAUUGAAAUACUUGAAGAAAAUUUAGAUCAACUUGAAACAUCAAAAGAUAAUUUGUUUUUACUUUCUUCUGAGCUCUAUCCUUAUGAAAUACCUAGUUCAGAAGCUCGUAUUUUUGAAGAAGACAUUAUAACUAUGAAAGAAAUUGUAAAGGAUUAUAAAAAUAAAAUUUUAAAUGAAAUUGAUCAAACGAAUAAUGAAGAAAAAUUAUUAGAAACAGUGCCAUUGCAAAAGAAAGAUAUUAUUUUUGAUAAUGAAGGAUUAAUUAAACCUUUAGAAAGUGAAAAAGACAAAGUCAUUAUUAAUGCAAGCCUUCUUCCGCCUAAAGAAGAAAUAGAAAAAGAUACAGAAAGUUUGAAAAAAGAACAAGAGAAUAUUAAAAAGUUAAUAGAAAACAAAGAAAAACUAUUAGAUAAGAUUCCAUUAAAAUUAUUGGAUGGAGAAGAAAUUUUAAAGAAAUAUCAAGAAUCUCCUCAACCAUAUGAAAUAGCAAUUAAAGAUCUUCAAAAUAUAGAUAUUAUUAUUCCUAAUUUGAUUAGUAUGGUUGAAGAAAGUAAAAAUAUUAUUGAAUCAUUAAAUGAUAAUGAAAUUCCAUUUGUUGAUGUAACCAAUUCAACAAAUAAUAUAAAUGAAACUAUUGAUCAUCUAAAACAACUUAAAGGAAAAAUAGAAUCUGAUUUAGAAAAAGAAGAUAAAUUAAUAAGUGAAAAAGAAAAAUUAAAUAAUAAUCUUAAAGAUAUUAUCAUUAGAGCAAAUGAAGUUCUUGAAAAAGAUUCAAAACCAGAUGAUUUGGAUCCAAUUCAAAAAGAUAUUUCUCAUCUUCAAACUAAAUUUGAUAUUGCUAUUGAUAAUAGUGAAAUUCCACUUGAAGUUAUUCAACACUCUCCAUCUUCUGAUGUUUGGGAUCUUAAAGAUCGUCUAGAUGAAAUUGCUUUUGCACUUGCUCAUCAAAAAGAUGAUGCAAAAAAGAAAAUGGAACUUCAAAAAAUUGCUUCUGACAUUUCUGACAAAGUUAAAGAAAUUCAAAAUAAAAUUAAUGAAGCGGAAAAUAUUGAAUCUAAUCCAAAUAGUUCAAUAGAAGAUUUGAGAAAAGCUUUAUCUAAUCUUGAAAAUAUUAAGUCUGAUCUUUUACCAAAAUUAGAUGAAGAAUUUAAAAAGAUUCCAACAACACCAGAAGUUGAUGGUCUUAGAAAUAAAAUUCUUCAAGAACAAUCAAAACUUGUUGAGGAUUUAAAUAAUGCUGAAUCUGCAAUUGAAGAACGUAUUAAUUCAAUAGAUGAAUUAAAAAAUCUUCUUACAGAAACAGACUUGAAAUUAGAUUAUAUUAAUGUAAAACUUGAUGAAACUCCAACUGAUGAUUUAGAUGAAUUACUAAAAAUUGAAUAUGAAAAUAUACUUCCAUUAAAUAAAGCUACAGAUGAUAUUAAUGACGCUGCUGAUCGGGCAAAUAAAAAACAUUUACCAGAAUUAACUAAUUUUGCUAACAAACUCAAUGAUAUUACCAAAAAAUUAUUUAAUAAAAAAGAAGAGGCUAAAGAAAUUAUUGAAAAUAAACAAAAAAUGGAAGAAGAAACUGCUAAAGCUCAAAAAAUUGCACGAGAAUUAAAUGAAAAAGUUGAAAAUACUAAAACAUUUGAUGGUCUUAGAAAUAAAAUUCUUCAAGAACAAUCAAAACUUGUUGAAGAUUUAAAUAAUGCUGAAUCUGCAAUUGAAGAACGUAUUAAUUCAAUGGAUGAAUUAGAUGAUCUUGUUGCAGAAACUGAUAUGAAAUUGGAUAGUAUCAUUAAAAAAAUUGAUGAAACUCCAAUUUAUGAUAUUGAUGAAAUGUUGAAAAUUGAAUAUGAAGAUAUUAUUCCAUUAAAUAAUAUUAAAGAAAAAAUUAAUGAAUCUGUUGAUCGUGCCAAUAAGAAACAUUCACCUGAAGUAGUUGAUAUAUAUAAUAAAUUAAAUGAUGUUUUACAAAAGGCAGUUGAUAAGAAGAAAAAAAUUGAAAAAACGAUUGACGAUCAACAAAAAGCAGCUAAAGAAUUGGCGGAAGCUGAAAGAAAAGCUGCAGAAGAAUUGGCAGAAGCUGAAAGGAAAAAUCUUGAAUCUCAAAAACAAAUUCAGGAUGAAAUUGAAAAACUUGUUGUUGCACCAAUAAAUGAAGAAAAUAUUAACAUUAUUAAUGAAAAAUUAUCUCAACUUCCAGAAGACUCACCAGUUUAUAGUGAUUUGAAAAAUAAAGCAGAAGAAGUAAAAGAAAAAGUUGAAAAAGUUAAAAAUAUUUUGAAUACGCUUAAAAAUAUUGACACUAAUUUGGAAACUAUUAUUGAAUUACCAGAAGAAGAGAUUCCACUAAUAGAUAAAGUAAAUUCUUUAGAAAGUAAAAUAGAUAAACUUGAAAAUGAAAUUAAACCUAAUAUUCUUGCAAUAACUUUUUCUGGUGUUUCAGAAAUUGAUGAUAAUAUUAAAAAUAAGCAAAAAGAAAUAGAUGAUUAUAUUCAAUUACUUAAAAAUAUGUUAGAAAAUUAUAAAAUUAAACAAAAAUCAUUAGAAGAUCUGGAUAAAUAUCUUCAUUGUGUUUCUGAAAUUGAUAAAUCAACUGAUUUGCCAUUGGAUAUGAAAAAUAGUGAAAAAACUAGAAAUUAUCUUGCUGAACUUUAUCAAAAAUUACAAGAUGUACUUGAUAAUAUGAAAAUAAUGCCUACUGAUCAUUUAGAUGAAAUUUCAAAUAAAAAAUUAGAAGAUGGUAUUAAAGUCGUUGAAAAUAACAUAGAAAAAAUUCUUAAUGAUAUGAGUGAUUUAGAUAAAUUUGAUGAAGAAGUUAAAUUAUUAAAAGAAAAAACAGAUUCAUUUAUUUCAUCGCUUGAUAAUAAUACUGAAUCCAUUGAUAAAAUUUUAAAUAGAUACAAAGAUACUCCACAAGAAUAUGAAGUUGCAAUAGAAGAUGUUGAAAUUGUUAAACCAUUGUUUGCAAAAAUUUCAACAAUGAUUGAAAAUAAUAAUGAUAUUAUCAGAAAACUUGAUGAAAAUGGAAUAACUACAGAUAUAUUAUUAGAAAAAUCAAAUAAUUUAAAAAAUAAAUUAAUUGAUUUACAAGCAUUAGAAAAGAAAAUUUCUAAUGAUUUAAUUCGUGAAAAAGAAUUAAUUUCUAGAAAAAAUGAUUUAGAACCAAAAGUGUAUAGUUUGGCUAAUGAAAUAAAACAAACACUUGAAAACGAUUUUACACCAGAAUUUUUAACAUCAUUAGAAAAAGAAAUUUCUUUAUUACAAAAUAAUAUAAAUUGUGCAAUUGAUGAUUCAGAAAUUCCUCUUAAUGUUGUCAUUCAUUCACCUGCUUCCGAUAUAUGGUAUCUUAAAGAUAUUUUAGAUGAUGGAGCAUUAUCUUUAGUCGAUGCUAAGAAAAUGUUGAAUGAUAAAUUAGAAUUACAAGAAGCAUGUGAUAAGAUUGAAAAAUUAACAAAUGAAGCAAAUGAAAUAGUUAAAAAUGUCAUUAAUGUUACUUAUGAUCCAACAAGUAAUAGUGAUAAUCUUUACAAUGCUUUAAAAGAUAUAAAACAUAUCUUUGACAAUAUUUUACCAAAUAUUGAAAAUAAUAUAGAAAAACUUUCAAAAUCACAUGAAUUAGAAGAUCUCAAAAAUAAAGCAUUUAUUGAAAAAGAGAAAUUAAAUAAUGAAAUAAAUAAUACGAAAAAUAAAAUUGAAGACCGUCUUGGUAGUAUGAAAGAAUUUGAUAAUUUAGCAGUUUUAUUGAAUGAUAAAAUAAAUAAUCCAGAAACCAAAUUUGACGACAUAGAUGAUUUAAAAAUUACCUAUGAUUCUCUUUGUAAUGCAGCUGAGCAUGGUCUUUUAAAUGAGGAUAAUAAAAUGAAAGAAAUAUCUAACAAAUUUAAUAAUUUAAUAAAUAAACUGUUACUUGAAAGAGAGGAGAAACUUAAAUUACAAGAAAAAGAGAAACUUAUGAAUGAAGAAAAACAAAAUGAAAUUAAUAAAAAUAAAAAAGUAAAAGAUGAUCUUAUUGAAAAAUUAAAAAAUGAAAAUGAAAUAAUUGACAAUUCUCUACUAUCACCCCAUACAACUCCCUCAACUUUAACAGCAUUUUUAGAAAAUCAUCAAAAUAUUUUAUCAACAUUAAAUUCAUUACCAAAAAUUAUUUUUGAUGAAAAAGACAACAAAGAAAUAAAUAAUGGCAACGAAAAUGUAAAAUGUCUUAAAAUAAAACUUGAUAAAUAUAAUGAAUUUAAUUCUUCAAAAAAUAAUUCAUUUGAAAAACUAGAAAAUAUACGUUUAAUGUUUGAAAAUUUACCUCAAAUAAGUAACUUAAAACAAAAUGUUCCAGAUAUAAUGAGAACUAUUGAAAUACUUGAAGAAAAUUUAGAUCAACUUGAAACAUCAAAAGAUAAUUUGUUUUUACUUUCUUCCGAGCUCUAUCCUUAUGAAAUACCUAGUUCAGAAGCUCGUAUUUUUGAAGAAGACAUUAUAACUAUGAAAGAAAUUGUAAAGGAUUAUAAAAAUAAAAUUUUAAAUGAAAUUGAUCAAACGAAAAAUGAAGAAAAAUUAUUAGAAACAGUGCCAUUGCAAAAGAAAGAUAUUAUUUUUGAUAAUGAAGGAUUAAUUAAACCUUUAGAAAGUGAAAAAGACAAAGUCAUUAUUAAUGCAAGCCUUCUUCCGCCUAAAGAAGAAAUAGAAAAAGAUACAGAAAGUUUGAAAAAAGAACAAGAGAACAUUAAAAAGUUAAUAGAAAACAAAGAAAAACUAUUAGAUAAGAUUCCAUUAAAAUUAUUGGAUGGAGAAGAAAUUUUAAAGAAAUAUCAAGAAUCUCCUCAACCAUAUGAUAUAGCAAUUAAAGAUCUUCAAAAUAUAGAUAUUAUCAUUCCUAAUUUGAUUGGUGUUGUUGAAGAAAGUAAAAAUAUUAUUGAAUCAUUAAAUGAUAAUGAAAUUCCAUUUGUUGAUGUAAACAAUUCAACAAAUAAUAUUAACGAAACAAUCAAUCAUCUAAAACAACUUAAAGGAAAAAUAGAAUCUGAUUUAGAAAAAGAAGACAAAUUAAUAAAGGAAAAAGAAAAAUUAAAUAAUAAUCUUAAAGAUAUUAUCAUUAGAGCAAAUGAAGUUCUUGAAAAAGAUUCAAAACCAGAUGAUUUGGAUCCAAUUCAAGAAGAUAUUUCCCACCUUCAAACCAAAUUUGAUAUUGCUAUUGAUAAUAGUGAAAUUCCACUUGAAGUAAUUCAACAUUCUCCAUCUUCUGAUGUUUGGGAUCUUAAAGAUCGUCUAGAUGAAAUUGCUUUUGCACUUGCUCAUCAAAAAGAUGAUGCAAAAAAGAAAAUGGAACUUCAAAAAAUUGCUUCUGACAUUUCUGACAAGGUUAAAGAAAUUCAAAAUAAAAUUAAUGAAGCGGAAAAUAUUGAAUCUAAUCCAAAUAGUUCAAUAGAAGAAUUAAGAAAAGCUUUAUCUAAUCUUGAAAAUAUUAAGUCUGAUCUUUUACCAAAAUUAGAUGAAGAAUUUAAAAAGAUUCCAACAACACCAGAAGUUGAUGGUCUUCGAAACAAAAUUCUUCAAGAACAAUCAAAACUUGUUGAAGACUUAAAUAAUGCUGAAUCUGCAAUUGAAGAACGUAUUAAUUCUAUAGAUGAAUUAGAUGAUCUUGUUGCAGAAACUGAUAUGAAAUUGGAUAGUAUCAUUAAAAAAAUUGAUGAAACUCCAAUUUAUGAUAUUGAUGAAAUUUUGAAAAUAGAAUAUGAAGAUAUUAUUCCAUUAAAUGCUAUUAAAGAAAAAAUCAAUGAAUCUGUUGAUCGUGCCAAUAAGAAAUACUCACCUGAAGUAGUUGAUAUAUAUGAUAAAUUAAAUGAUGUUUUACAAAAAGCAAUUCCAUUAAAAUUAUUGGAUGGAGAAGAAAUUUUGAAGAAAUAUCAAGAAUCUCCUCAACCAUAUGAUAUAGCAAUUAAAGAUCUUCAAAAUAUAGAUAUUAUCAUUCCUAAUUUGAUUGGUGUUGUUGAAGAAAGUAAAAAUAUUAUUGAAUCAUUAUAUGAUAAUGAAAUUCCAUUUGUUGAUGUUACCAAUUCAACAAAUAAUAUUAACGAAACAAUCAAUCAUCUAAAACAACUUAAAGGAAAAAUAGAAUCUGAUUUAGAAAAAGAAGAUAAAUUAAUAAGUGAAAAAGAAAAAUUAAAUAAUAAUCUUAAAGAUAUUAUCAUUAGAGCAAAUGAAGUUCUUGAAAAAGAUUCAAAACCAGAUGAUUUGGAUCCAAUUCAAGAAGAUAUUUCCCACCUUCAAACUAAAUUUGAUAUUGCCAUUGAUAAUAGUGAAAUUCCACUUGAAGUAAUUCAACAUUCUCCAUCUUCUGAUGUUUGGGACCUUAAAAAUCGUCUAGAUGAAAUUGCUUUUGCACUUGCUCAUCAAAAAGAUGAUGCAAAAAAGAAAAUGGAACUUCAAAAAAUUGCAUCUGAUAUUUCUGACAAAGUUAAAGAAAUUCAAAAUAAAAUUAAUGAAGCGGAAAAUAUUGAAUCUAAUCCAAAUAGUUCAAUAGAAGAAUUAAGAAAAGCUUUAUCUAAUCUUGAAAAUAUUAAGUCUGAUCUUUUACCAAAAUUAGAUGAAGAAUUUAAAAAGAUUCCAACAACUCCAGAAGUUGAUGGUCUUCGAAAUAAAAUUCUUCAAGAACAAUCAAAACUUGUUGAAGAUUUAAAUAAUGCUGAAUCUGCAAUUGAAGAACGUAUUAAUUCUAUAGAUGAAUUAGAUGAUCUUGUUGCAGAAACUGAUAUGAAAUUGGAUAGUAUCAUUAAAAAAAUUGAUGAAACUCCAAUUUAUGAUAUUGAUGAAAUUUUGAAAAUUGAAUAUGAAGAUAUUAUUCCAUUAAAUGAUAUUAAAGAAAAAAUCAAUGAAUCUGUUGAUCGUGCCAAUAAAAAACAUUCACCUGAAGUAGUUGAUAUAUAUAAUAAAUUAAAUGAUGUUUUACAAAAGGCAGUUGAUAAGAAGAAAAAAAUUGAAAAAACAAUUGAAGAUCAACAUAAAGCAGCUGAAGAAUUGGCGGAAGCUGAAAGAAAAGCUGCAGAAGAAUUAGCAGAAGCUGAAAGAAAAAAUCUUGAAUCUCAAAAACAAAUUCAGGAUGAAAUUGAAAAACUUGUUGUUGCACCAAUAAAUGAAGAAAAUAUUAACAUUAUUAAUGAAAAAUUAUCUCAACUUCCAGAAGACUCACCAGUUUAUAGUGAUUUGAAAAAUAAAGCAGAAGAAGUAAAAGAGAAAGUUGAAAAAGUUAAAAAUAUUAAUAAAAAUCUUGAUAACAUUGAUGAUACAUUAAAAUCUAUCAAGGAACCUAAAGAUUCAAAUAUUUCACUUCCUGAAAAAGUUAGAGAAACUGAAGAAAAUCUUAUGAACCUUAAAAAUGAUGUUAAACCAAAACUUCUUGCAAUUGAAUGGAGUGGAAUACCAGAAGUUGAUGAAGAGAUCAAGAAAAAACAACAAGAAUUAGAUGAAACAAUUAAAUUACUUGAAAAUAAACUUGCUGAUGAUCAAAAUACUUUGAAAAAUUUAGAUUCUGCUAUUAAAGAUAUAAAUGAUCUUUCAAAAAUUUCAGAUGAAAUUUGUGCUCCUGUUGAUAUGAAAAAUCCUAAAAAAUCUUUAAGUUACCUUGAAGCUCUUCUUAAAAAUCUUAAGGAUAAAUAUGAUUCUCUUAAAAAUAUUUCAAUAGAUAAACUUCCAAAAGAUGAGAAAGAAAAAAUAAUUCAAGCAUUAGAAAAUGCCGAAAAAGAUACAGUUAAAGUCAAUGAACAAAUUAAUAGUUUAAAUAAACAUCAAGAAGAUAUUAAUAAAUUGAUAGAAAACAAAGAAAAACUAUUAGAUAAGAUUCCAUUAAAAUUAUUGGAUGGAGAAGAAAUUUUGAAGAAAUAUCAAGAAUCUCCUCAACCAUAUGAUAUAGCAAUUAAAGAUCUUCAAAAUAUAGAUAUUAUUAUUCCUAAUUUAAAUAAUAUUGUUGAAGAAAGUAAAAAUAUUAUUGAAUCAUUAAAUGAUAAUGAAAUUCCAUUUGUUGAUGUAACCAAUUCAACAAAUAAUAUAAAUGAAACUAUUGAUCAUCUAAAACAACUUAAAGGAAAAAUAGAAUCUGAUUUAGAAAAAGAAGAUAAAUUAAUAAAAGAAAAAGAAGAAUUAAAUAAUAGUCUUAAAAACAUUAUCAUUAGAGCUAACGAAGUUCUUGAAAAAGAUUCAAAACCAGAUGAUUUGGAUCCAAUUCAAGAAGAUAUUUCUCAUCUUCAAACUAAAUUUGAUAUUGCCAUUGAUAAUAGUGAAAUUCCACUUGAAGUUAUUCAACACUCUCCAUCUUCUGAUGUUUGGGAUCUUAAAGAUCGUCUAGAUGAAAUUGCUUUUGCACUUGCUCAUCAAAAAGAUGAUGCAAAAAAGAAAAUGGAACUUCAAAAAAUUGCUUCUGACAUUUCUGACAAGGUUAAAGAAAUUCAAAAUAAAAUUAAUGAAGCGGAAAAUAUUGAAUCUAAUCCAAAUAGUUCAAUAGAAGAAUUAAGAAAAGCUUUAUCUAAUCUUGAAAAUAUUAAAUCUGAUCUUCUACCAAAAUUAGAUGAAGAAUUUAAAAAGAUUCCAACAACUCCUGAAGUUGAUGGUCUUAGAAAUAAAAUUCUUCAAGAACAAUCAAAACUUGUUGAAGAUUUAAAUAAUGCUGAAUCUGCAAUUGAAGAACGUAUUAAUUCAAUAGAUGAAUUAAAAAAUCUUCUUACAGAAACAGACUUGAAAUUAGAUUAUAUUAAUGUAAAACUUGAUGAAACUCCUACUGAUGAUUUAGAUGAAUUACUAAAAAUUGAAUAUGAAAAUAUACUUCCAUUAAAUAAAGCUACAGAUGAUAUUAAUGACGCUGCUGAUCGGGCAAAUAAAAAACAUUUACCAGAAUUAACUAAUUUUGCUAACAAACUCAAUGAUAUUACCAAAAAAUUAUUUAAUAAAAAAGAAGAGGCUAAAGAAAUUAUUGAAAAUAAACAAAAAAUGGAAGAAGAAACUGCUAAAGCUCAAAAAAUUGCACGAGAAUUAAAUGAAAAAGUUGAAAAUACUAAAACAUGUCUUCUGAAUAUUGAUGAAAUUUUAGAACCUAUUGUAAAUGUGUCUGAAGAAAAUAUUCCUCUUUCAGAUAAAAUUUCUGCUUUUAAUUAUAAACUUGAAAAGCUUCGAGAUGAAGUAUUACCAAUGAUUCUCUCAAUUCCUUAUACAAAUAAUGAAGAAAUUGAUAAAAAAAUAAAGGAAAAACAAGAUUAUAUUGAUACAUUAAUUAAAAAUUAUAAAAAUAAGAUAUCUGAAAAUCAGGAACAUUUAAAAACAUACGAAAUGGCUCUUGCUAAUAUUGAAGAAAUUUCUAAAGAUAUAAACACUUUAAUGGAUCUAACAAAUCCAAUAGAAUCUAUAAAUUAUUUGGCAGAUUUUCUUGCUUACCUUAAAAAUAAACUUGAAACACUUAAAGAAAUUUCUAUUGAAAAACUACCAGAAUUAGAAAAAAAUGUGAUUCAAAGCUUUAUUAAAAAUACUGAAGAUAAAAUUAAACAAACAACAGAUGACAUUAAUGAAUUUAAUAAACAACAAAAAAUAAUUGAAUCACUAUUAGAGGACAAAAAUAAAUUAUUAGAUAAAAAUAACAAAGUGUCAACAGAUGCUGAAGACAUACUUAAAAAAUAUAGUACUGAAAAACAACCAUUUGAUGUUGCUAUUGAAGAUCUUAAAAAUAUUGCUCCAAUGAUCAAUAGAUUAAAUUAUUUAGUUGCACAAGAUGAAGAAUUUGUUAAAUUGCUUUCAGAUAAAAAAUUACCACUAGACGAAACUAUUGAAUCUGUUAAUAUAAUAAAGAAUAAAAUUGAAGCGUUGAAGCGUCUUGAUUUUGAAAUUAGUCAAGAUAUAGAGAAAGAGAAUGCUUUAAUAAGUAGAAAAAAUACUUUGGUAGAUAAAAUUAAUAUCAUAAUUAAUAAGUUAAAUUACUCAAGUACAGAAAUACCACCAGAAAUAGAGUUAAAUGAAUUGAGCAAUGAAAUUGAACAACUAGAGAGAAAAUUGAAAUCUGGAUUUAAUGAUUAUGACGAACAGCUUCGUGUAAUUCAACAUUCGUUAGCUUCUGAUCCAUCAGAAAUACAAAAUCGAAUUGAUGAUAUAUUAAAAACAAUUAAUGAAAAGAAAGAAAAACAAAAACAAAACUUAGAACAACAAAAAAUUUUAUCUGAAAUUACAAGCAAGCUUAAUAAUAUAAAAGAUUCAAUUCAACAAGCAAAAAUGAUUGAAGCAGAAUCAGAUUGUAAUAUUAAUAACUUGAAAAAAGCAAUUGAUGAUCUUCAAAAUAUCAGUUGGGAUAUUUUGCCAAAAAUAGAUGAUGAUUUUAACAAAAUUUCAAAUGAAAAAGGUAUAAAUUUACAAUGUAAACAACUUCUUGACGAAAAAAAUAAACUAACAGAAGACUUAAAUAAUGUUAAAAUAUUAAUUUUUGAACGUAUAAAUAAUAUUGAAGAACUAAAUGAAUUCUUGCCUUCAGCAGAAAACAAAUUGAAUCGCAUAAUAGAUAAAAUUAAUCAAGUUCCAUUAAACGAUUUAGAUUUAAUAUUAAAAAUUGAAUUUGAAGAUAUUAAUCCACUUAUUGGAUUAACAUCGGAAAUAAAUGAAAUUGCAAAUCGUUGCAAUAAAAAAGGCUCUCCAGAAAUUGUCAAAUUAUUAGAAAAAAUACAACAAAUAAAAGAAAUUUAUUUCAAUAAAAAGGAAGAAAUAAUAACUAAAGACAAACUUGAUAAAGAAGAAGCUGAAUCUCAAAAACGAAUUCAGGAAGAAAUUGAAAAACUUGUUGUAGCACCAAUAAAUGAAGAAAAUAUUAACAUUAUUAAUGAAAAAUUAUCUCAACUUCCAGAAGACUCACCAGUUUAUAGUGAUUUGAAAAAUAAAGCAGAAGAAGUAAAAGAGAAAGUUGAAAAAGUUAAAAAUAUUAAUAAAAAUCUUGAUAACAUUGAUGAUACAUUAAAAUCUAUCAAGGAACCUAAAGAUUCAAAUAUUUCACUUCCUGAAAAAGUUAGAGAAACUGAAGAAAAUCUUAUGAACCUUAAAAAUGAUGUUAAACCAAAACUUCUUGCAAUUGAAUGGAGUGGAAUACCAGAAGUUGAUGAAGAGAUCAAGAAAAAACAACAAGAAUUAGAUGAAACAAUUAAAUUACUUGAAAAUAAACUUGCUGAUGAUCAAAAUAUUUUGAAAAAUUUAGAUUCUGCUAUUAAAGAUAUGAACGAUCUUUCAAUUAUUUCAGAUGAAAUUUGUGCUCCUGUUGAUAUGAAAAAUCCUAAAAAAUCUUUAAGUUACCUUGAAGCUCUUCUUAAAAAUCUUAAAGAUAAAUAUGAUUCUCUUAAAAAUAUUUCAAUAGAUAAACUUCCAAAAGACGAUAAAGAAAAAAUAAUUAAAGCAUUAGAGAAUGCUGAAAAAGAUACAGUUAAAGUCAAUGAACAAAUUGAUAGUUUGAAUAAACAUCAAGAGGAUAUUAAUAAGUUGAUAGAAAACAAAGAAAAACUAUUAGAUAAGAUUCCAUUAAAAUUAUUAGAUGGAGAAGAAAUUUUGAAGAAAUAUCAAGAAUCUUCUCAACCAUAUGAAAUAGCAAUUAAAGAUCUUCAAAAUAUAGAUAUUAUCAUUCCUAAUUUGAUUGGUGUUGUUGAAGAAAGUAAAACAAUUAUUGAAUCAUUAAAUGAUAAUGAAAUUCCAUUUGUUGAUGUUACCAAUUCAACAAAUAAUAUAAAUGAAACUAUUGAUCAUCUAAAACAACUUAAAGGAAAAAUAGAAUCUGAUUUAGAAAAAGAAGAUAAAUUAAUAAAAGAAAAAGAAGAAUUAAAUAAUAAUCUUAAAGAUAUUAUCAUUAGAGCAAAUGAAGUUCUUGAAAAAGAUUCAAAACCAGAUGAUUUGGAUCCAAUUCAAGAAGAUAUUUCUCAUCUUCAAACUAAAUUUGAUAUUGCCAUUGAUAAUAGUGAAAUUCCACUUGAAGUUGUUCAACACUCUCCAUCUUCUGAUGUUUGGGAUCUUAAAGAUCGUCUAGAUGCAAUUGCUUUUACACUUGCUCAUCAAAAAGAUGAUGCAAAAAAGAAAAUGGAACUUCAAAAAAUUGCAUCUGACAUUUCUGACAAAGUUAAAGAGAUUCAAAAUAAAAUUAAUGAAGCGGAAAAUAUUGAAUCUAAUCCAAAUAGUUCAAUAGAAGAUUUAAGAAAAGCUUUAUCUAAUCUUGAAAAUAUUAAGUCUGAUCUUUUACCAAAAUUAGAUGAAGAAUUUAAAAAGAUUCCAACAACUCCAGAAGUUGAUGGUCUUCGAAAUAAAAUUCUUCAAGAACAAUCAAAACUUGUUGAGGAUUUGAAUAAUGCUGAAUCUGCAAUUGAUGAACGUAUUAAUUCUAUAGCUGAAUUAGAUGAUCUUAUUGCAGAAACUGACAUGAAAUUGGAUAGUAUCAUUAAAAAAAUUGAUGAAACUCCAAUUUAUGAUAUUGAUGAAAUUUUGAAAAUAGAAUAUGAAGAUAUUAUUCCAUUAAAUGAUAUUAAAGAAAAAAUUAAUGAAUCUGUUGAUCGUGCCAAUAAGAAAAAUUCACCUGAAGUAGUUGAUAUAUAUAAUAAAUUAAAUGAAGUUUUACAAAAGUUAGUUGAUAAGAAGAAAAAAAUUGAAAAAACAAUUGAAGAUCAACAUAAAGCAGCUGAAGAAUUAGCAGAAGCUGAACGAAAAGCUGCCGAAGAAUUAGCAGAAGCUGAAAGAAAAAAUCUUGAAUCUCAAAAACAAAUUCAGGAUGAAAUUGAAAAACUUGUUGUUGCACCAAUAAAUGAAGAAAAUAUUAACAUUAUUAAUGAAAAAUUAUCUCAACUUCCAGAAGACUCACCAGUUUAUAGUGAUUUGAAAAAUAAAGCAGAAGAAGUAAAAGAGAAAGUUGAAAAAGUUAAAAAUAUUAAUAAAAAUCUUGAUAACAUUGAUGAUACAUUAAAAUCUAUCAAAGAACCUAAAGAUUCAAAUAUUUCACUUCAUGAAAAAGUUAGAGAAACUGAAGAAAAUCUUAUGAAACUUAAAAAUGAAGUUAAACCAAAACUUCUUGCAAUUGAAUGGAGUGGAUUACCAGAAGUUGAUGAUGAGAUCAAGAAAAAACAACAAGAAUUAGAUGAAACAAUUAAAUUACUUGAAAAUAAACUUGCUGAUGAUCAAAAUAUUUUGAAAAAUUUAGAUUCUGCUAUUAAAGAUAUGAACGAUCUUUCAAUUAUUUCAGAUGAAAUUUGUGCUCCUGUUGAUAUGAAAAAUCCUAAAAAAUCUUUAAGUUACCUUGAAGCUCUUCUUAAAAAUCUUAAAGAUAAAUAUGAUUCUCUUAAAAAUAUUUCAAUAGAUAAACUUCCAAAAGAUGAUAAAGAAAAAAUAAUUCAAGCAUUAGAAAAUGCCGAAAAAGAUACAGUUAAAGUCAAUGAACAAAUUGAUAGUUUAAAUAAGCAUCAAGAAGAUAUUAAUAAAUUGAUAGAAAACAAAGAAAAACUAUUAGAUAAGAUUCCAUUAAAAUUAUUGGAUGGAGAAGAAAUUUUAAAGAAAUAUCAAGAAUCUCCUCAACCAUAUGAUAUAGCAAUUAAAGAUCUUCAAAAUAUAGAUAUUAUCAUUCCUAAUUUGAUUGGUGUUGUUGAAGAAAGUAAAACAAUUAUUGAAUCAUUAAAUGAUAAUGAAAUUCCAUUUGUUGAUGUUACCAAUUCAACAAAUAAUAUAAAUGAAACUAUUGAUCAUCUAAAACAACUUAAAGGAAAAAUAGAAUCUGAUUUAGAAAAAGAAGAUAAAUUAAUAAAAGAAAAAGAAGAAUUAAAUAAUAAUCUUAAAGAUAUUAUCAUUAGAGCAAAUGAAGUUCUUGAAAAAGAUUCAAAACCAGAUGAUUUGGAUCCAAUUCAAGAAGAUAUUUCUCAUCUUCAAACUAAAUUUGAUAUUGCCAUUGAUAAUAGUGAAAUUCCACUUGAAGUUAUUCAACACUCUCCAUCUUCUGAUGUUUGGGAUCUUAAAGAUCGUCUAGAUGCAAUUGCUUUUACACUUGCUCAUCAAAAAGAAGAUGCAAAAAAGAAAAUGGAACUUCAAAAAAUUGUAUCUGAUAUUUAUGAUAAACUUAAAAAAAUACAUGACCAAGUUAAAAAGGCCGAAAAUGUAGAAUCUGAUCCAAAUAGCACUAUGGAAGAGCUUAAUGAUGCGGCUGGAAGUUUAAAAGAUAUAAGCUGGCAUUUAUUACCAAAACUUGAAGAAGAGUUGGAUAAAUUACCAAUUACAUCUGAUAUUGAUGAACUUAGAAAUAAAACUCUUGAGGAACAGAUGAAGUUAAUUGAAGAUCUAAAUAUUACAGAUUCUGCUAUUCAAGAACGUAUAGAUAAUAUUAGUGAAUUGUAUGAUCUUAUUGAUUCAGUUAAUAUUAAAAUAGAUAAUAUUGUAAAGGCUAUGGAUGAAACACCAGUACAUGAUGAAGAAUCUGUUUAUGAGAUGGAAAGAGAUCAAAUUUUACCAUUAUACUUAGUUGUUCCUGAAUUGAAUGAACUUGCAAAGACUAGUAAAAAAAUAAAUGAUCCAAAGUUAGUUGAUUUAUUAAAAAAACUUGAAGAUUUAAAAUAUAAAAUAGCAAACAAAAUUCGUGAUGCUCAAAGCUUCAAAGAAGCGCAAAGUUAUAUUAGCAAUGAAUUAGCUGAAGCUGAACGUAAAGUUGCUGACGAUCUUUUGGAAUUAGUGCGUAAAGCAGAAAAACAAAUGCCGGCUGCUGAAGAACAAAUAUAUAUUAAAGAUAACUUGGAAAAACAUAUUACUGAAUCAUCUAAUGAGGAAAAUGCCAAUGAAUUUGAAAAACUGAAUUUUAAAAUUUCAGAAAUUGUCAAACAAAUUAAGGAUGAAAUUCUUAAGGCAAGAAAAAUUAAAGAUGAUCCAAACUCUUGUAUUUUAAAUUUAACUAAAGUAAUGGUUGACUUAGAAAAUAUUUUUACAACUAUAUUACCUAUGUUAAAUGAAAAAGUUCUCGAAUUUCCUCAAACAUCAGAGCUAAAUUAUCUCCGUCAACAAGUUCUUGAAGAACAAACCAAAUUAAGCAAUGAUUUAGAAGAAGUAAAAUGUGCUAUAAAUGAUAGAAUUGAUGCUAUUGAUAAACUUAAUAGAAAAAUUGAUGAUGGUAAUAUUUAUUUAGAUAAUUUAAAUGAACAAUUAAAAAGUUGGUCAAUAAAUGAUUUUGAUGAAGUAUCAAAGAUGAAAGAUAUUGAAUUAUCUUGUCUUAAUAAAAUGGCUGAAGAUAUUAUUUUAUUGUCUGAUAAUGCAAAUAAGCACAAUGAUCAUAAUAAAGUAAAAUUUUUAGAAAAACUUGACAAAACUGCUGAAAAUAUAGUUAAGAAAUUCAAUGAAGUUGAAAGUAUUAAAAAAGAAAAAGAAAAAAUUGUUGAAGAACCAACACCUAUUGAUAUCAUUACAAAAACAACAAUUGAUCAUUCACAAGCUGCAGAAUUUGACGAUGAUUCUGAAUUAGUUUCAAGUUAUCGUUAUAAAGAUGAUAAUGAAAUAACUACUGAUUUUAAUGUUAUAGAUACUGAUAGUAAACCAACUAAAAAAGUUUCUAAAACUGAUGAUAAUGUUUCUAAUAUUUCCGCUACUAAAUCACUUGAAAUUAAAUCUGAUCCUGAGAAUGUUAAAAAGGCAAAAGAAAUGCAAUCUGAACUUGAAAAAACUAGUGAUAUUAUUUCAUCACUUCUUAAUACAAUACCAAAAAUUAAAGAAAAGCCAAAAAAAGUUAAGAAGAGUAAAAAAGAAGAUGAAAUAGUUACAGUUGAUGUAUUAAAUAAUAAACGUAAAUCACUAUGGGACUAUAUUAAUGAAUUAAAAGAAAAAUUAAAACUUUUAAAGAAUCAAGUACAACCAACAUUAAAUAAAAUGGCUAAUGAAAAUAUUGACGAUCAGAAUAUGGCAAAUGAAAUUCAAAAUAAUCUUUGUGACGCAAAUAAAUUAAUAAAAUCAAUAGAAGAAGAAUUACAUAAAAAAGAAAAAGAAGAAAAAGAUGUUGAAAAACUUAUAAAUAUUACACCUAUAAUUACUGAUUUAACUAAAAAUAUAAAUCAAUCUCUUAUGGAUAGUGGUAAACCAAAUUAUAUUCCAUCUAAAGUUGAUGAUCAUAAAGAUCUUCUUGAUGAUUUAGAAAGUAAGAGAGAAAAACUUGAAAAAUUAAUUAAAGAUAUUCCUGAAGAUAUUGAAGAGUCAGAAGAAUUAAGAGAAAAAAGUAUUUGGGAUCUUAGUAAGUUAAUUGAACUUAUUGAAACAUUAAAGAAAGCUUUUAACUUAAAAAUGCUUGCUUUAUCAUUAUUUAACAAAGCAAAUACAAGUUACAAAAAUAAAAUUGACAAUAUUAAUAAAAACAUUAAUAAGUUAAGAAAAGUUUCUGAUUCAAAUGACAUUUAUGUAAUACGCGAAGUAUUAGAUACUUCACAAAAUGAAUAUUUAAAAUUAAAAAAUCUUAUGGAUGAGAUGAAUGAAAUUGAUAAAUCUACUUUACCUGAUGAUAAAUUAGAAGAAUUUAAUGAUUUACUUCUUAACAUUGAAUUAUUGAUGGAAGAAAUUAAUUCUGACAGAUCUAAAUUACUUACAAAAUUGUCUAAAUUAGAAAGUGCCGAAAAAUUGAAGGAAGAGUUAAGAAAUUUGGAUAAUGAAUUGAAAGAAUUAAUUAAAAUAUCACAAAUAAUAUUAAUUGAUGCUGCAGUAUCACCAUCACAAUAUAAAGAACUUCCAGAAAAAAUUGAUUUAACAAUUCAUAAAAUUCGUGAUUUUCUUCAAACACUUCCAAAAGAUAAAUUUGUCAAAGAAGUUGAAAAAGAUAUUUCAGAGGCAAACAGACUUGUUAUUAAAUUAUUAGAGAAAUGGAAACUUUGGUUACAAUAUGUAGAACAAAAAGAUAUUAUUACUGAUACACUUGAUGAAUUAAGAUAUGAUUUUGAUAAUAUUAAUAGACAAAAGAAUAUUUUAUUUGAUGAAGCUGUAAAAAAUUAUGAAACCGGUAAAAGUAUAAUAUUUAAAUUAGGACCAUUAAAGGAAAAUCUUGUAAAGGCAAUUGAUUUGUCUGUUGAUCUCCAACCACUUGAUUUACCUUCAUCUGAAUCAAAUUACUUAAAAGUUGAUUUAGGUUCAUUGGAAUCUAACUGCAUCAAUUAUAUGACUGAAUUGGAAGAAGAAAUUAAUGAUGAAUUAGAAAUUUCAAAGAUUCUUGAUCAGUUAUUAAAAGAACUUUCACAAGUCGAUACGAAUAUUGAAGAUGCAGUCAGUGGGAAAAAUAUUUAUGAAUUAAGACGUAUGAAUGAUCAGGUUGAUGAUAUGAAGCCUCAAUUAGACGAAGUUAAAUAUAAUAUAAACGAUAGAUCAAAUACCAAAAAAUAUAUAGGAUCAAAAAAUCCUGAUAAGUUUGAACAUCUAUUAAAAGAAUUUAAAAAGAUAAAUGAAAGAUUAAAAGCAUUACUAUCUAUAGAAGAAGAUAUUAUGGGUGGUGCUGAAAAUGCUAUAGAUAUAGAUGCUGCAGCUAAUGUUUUAGCAACAAUUUAUGCUGAUAGACAUCCACGAGAUGUUCUACUUGAAUAUAAAAUUGAUGCACCUGAUUUUGAUACAGAUUCACUAAGCGAUGCUAGUGGAUACGAUGAUUCUAAAAGCGGACGACAUACCGAAAAUUUAGAGGCUGCUGUUGAAGCAUUAUCUUAUGAUUUUGAUUCACAGACUUUGGCUGCAUCUCCUAAUGAGGAGAUUAUUGAUACUAAUCAACAACAAGCUUUACAAGUAUUAAGAUUAGCUAGACAAAGAAGAAGAUGGCAACGUGUACUAAGAGCAGCAUUACCAUUACAAGCUAUGCUAGUCUUGUUAUUAGGAGCAGCAUGUUUAGUACCACAUUGUGAUGAUGAAUAUUGUUGUCAAUUAUUAAACAAUUUCAUCAAUAGUUUUGAUCUUGCACUUGACAAUGUAAAUGGACCUCCACCAUUUUAA